AUGUCCGGCGAGGACGGCCCGGGGGCGGGCCCGGGCGCCGCGGCGGCGGCGGCCCGCGAGCGGCGGCGGGAGCAGCUGCGGCAGUGGGGGGCGCGGGCGGGCGCCGAGCCGGGCCCCGGGGAGCGCCGCGCCCGCACCGUGCGCUUCGAGCGCGCCGCCGAGUUCCUGGCGGCCUGCGCGGGCGGCGACCUGGACGAGGCGCGCCUGAUGCUGCGCGCGGCCGAGCCGGGCCCCGGCGCCGAGCCCGACCCCGACCCCGCCGCCCCGCCGCCCGCCCGCGCGGUGCUCGACUCCACCAACGCCGACGGCAUCAGCGCCCUGCACCAGGCCUGCAUCGACGAGAACCUGGAGGUGGUGCGCUUCCUGGUGGAGCAGGGCGCCACCGUGAACCAGGCCGACAACGAGGGCUGGACGCCCCUGCACGUGGCCGCCUCCUGCGGCUACCUGGACAUCGCCAGGUACCUCCUGAGCCACGGGGCCAACAUCGCCGCGGUCAACAGCGAUGGGGACCUGCCCCUGGACCUGGCUGAGGCAGACGCCAUGGAGGGGCUGCUGAGGGCGGAGAUCGCCCGCCGAGGCGUGGACGUCGAGGCAGCCAAGCGGGCCGAGGAGGAGCUGCUGCUUCACGACACGCAGUGCUGGCUGAAUGGGGGCGCCAUGCCCGAGGCCCGGCACCCCCGCACAGGGGCCUCCGCCCUGCACGUGGCCGCCGCCAAGGGCUACAUUGAAGUGAUGAGGCUGCUCCUGCAGGCCGGCUACGACCCCGAGCUCCGGGACGGGGAUGGCUGGACGCCCUUGCACGCGGCGGCCCACUGGGGCGUGGAGGACGCCUGCCGCCUGCUGGCCGAGCACGGCGGGGGCAUGGACUCGCUGACGCACGCGGGCCAGCGUCCCUGCGACCUGGCUGACGAGGAGGUGCUGAGCCUGCUGGAGGAGCUGGCCCGGAAGCAGGAGGACCUGCGGAACCAGAAGGAAGCCUCCCAGAGCCGGGGUCAGGAGCCCCAGCUGCCACCCAGCAGCAGACACCGAAGGAGUUCUGUGUGUCGACUGAGCAGCCGAGAGAAGAUCUCCCUCCAGGACUUGUCCAAGGAGCGCCGCCCCGGGGGGGCAGGAGGGCCCCCCAUCCGCGACGAAGAAGAGGGAGAAGAAGGCCCUGCAGAGCCGCCCCCUGCGGAACCCAGAACCCUCAACGGAGUCUCCUCCCCGUCCCCCCCGAGUCCUCAGAGCCCAGUGCCUUCCAAAGAGGCCCCCUUAUCCCAGCGAUUUGGCCUCCGGAAGACGGGGAGCUCCGGUGCCCUGGGCCCCUCACACAGGCCCGGGGCCGAGGAUGCCCUGGGGGCCGGGCUGCAGCGCUCCGCCUCCUCCUCCCUGCUGGAAGGGACGUCUGCUCAGGCCAGGGAGCCCCGUCUUGCCAGAAUUACCCCCACCCCCUCCCGGAAGGUGCCAGAACCCUCUGCCCUGACUCCAGAGCCCGGGUCCCCAGUGAAGCCAAAUGUCCCUGCGGCCUCCACAGCGCCCCCGGCAGACUCCCGCGAUCGGCGGAGGUCCUACCAGAUGCCUGUGCGGGAUGAGGAGUCUGAAUCCCAGCGGAAAGCUCGCUCUCGCCUCAUGCGCCAGUCUCGGAGGUCCACUCAGGGUGUGACUCUGACGGACCUGAAGGAAGCAGAGAAGGUCGCAGGAAAGGCCCCAGAGCCGGAGAAGUGCCUGCAAAGCCUGGACCCUUCCCAGCGGCCCCACGUCCCUGGGGUGGAGAACUCUGAUGGCCCCCCCCAGAGAGCAGAGAUGCCUGAGGGGCAGGGCCAGGGCCCGGGCCUGCAGGCCAGGGAGCACCGCCAGGCUGGCAAGGAGCGGAGGGGGCUGGCAGAGGGGGAAGAGGCGGAGCUGGCCGGCGGCAGCUCGCAAUCCAGCACCCCUGAGGCUGGCCCCUCCUCCCGCAAGCAGCGGAACCUGCACCCGGAGCCUGAGCCCGAGUCGGAUGAGCUGGACGGAGGCUUCAGAGAGCUGUAUGCAGAGCUGCGCGUGGAGAAUGAUCGCCUUCGUGAGGCCCUGACGGAGACCACGCUGCAGCUGGCCCAGCUCAAGGUGGAGCUGGAACGGGCCACGCAGAGGCAGGAGCGCUUUGCCGAGAGGCCGGCCCUGCUGGAGCUGGAGCGAUUUGAGCGGAGGGCCCUGGAGCGCAAGGCAGCCGAGCUGGAGGAGGAGCUGAAGGCCCUGUCCGACCUGCGAGCCGACAACCAGAGGCUCAAGGAUGAGAACGCGGCGCUGAUCCGCGUCAUCAGCAAGCUCUCCAAGUGACGCCGAAGCCAGUCCCCGCACCGUAUUUAUACAGCUGCUUCUGCCACACGCACCCCUCCCCGCGUGCGCAACGAGUGACAGGGCUCCCGGGCGUCUGAGAAGCCAUCACCUCCCCAGGGACCUCCAGACUGGGUGGGCGCAGAGCCCCAGCGCCCACGGGGCCGUCUAGGGCCAGGAUGGAGGUGGGGAGGCCAAGCCAGGUAGGGGGACGUCGCCGAGGGGCCCAGGGCUGGAGGCGGACCAGGAAGGAACAGAGGACCAGAAGUGCCAGGACCAGUAGCCAGGACCAGAGUGGCCGCCCGGAGGUCCCUGCUCACGUGUGAUGCCACCGUCACCCCCUUCCCCAACAGGGAUCCGAGAAUGUGCCAAGAGCCCCCCGGCCUGGCCAGGUGGGCUGUGUAUAGUCCAUGUGCAAUAGCGAGGAUGUCUUCUAUUUUUGCUGCCCCCUCCCGCCCGCUGUCCGGGCAGGGGGAGAAGUAUUUUCGAGACAAAGCACAGGCAUCACAAAUAAAGUCGUGAAGUUGCCACUCAGCCGGGCGUCCGCA